AUCAUAUAAGGGCACGAUGCGAUUUACUGUUUCCCCGCGUCCAGCUUGCCCGUCCUCACAGGAUUCGCUCGUCCUCGCAGGGUUUAACUCGUCUUCGGAGGCUCUCUCCCCACCCUCGUCGUCUGCGUCGCCUGCAGCAUCCCCUCGUCAAUCCCUGAGGUUUUCCCUUUGUCUGCAACGCCACCAUGCCGUCUGAGCCUCUCGAAGCCGAGUUCGCGCAGCCGCCCGCGCUGUCGCGCGCCCAGGAGGACGAACUCCGCAAGCUUGAGCGUGAAGGCCCCCUCGACGUCUCUGUUGCGCCCUCCCUCAGCGAGACUGUGGAUGUCACUUACGAUGCGAAUGCGCCACCUGAUCUCGACCGACUAGCCACGCGGCGAACGCAGCAGGGUUAUCACAUUGUCGAUUUUGAGAAGGGGAAGGGGGAGGACCCGCGAGAGUGGAGCAAGUUCCGAAAGUGGGUCGUAACACUCACGACGGCAUUCUUGUGUCUUGCGGUCGCUUUGGGUAGCUCAAUCAUCACUGGAGAUAUGGAGGGUCCCGCAGAGGACUUGCAUGCUGAGCAGGAGGUCGUCAAUCUCACGGUCACUUGCUUCGUUAUCGGCUUCGGAUUGGGGCCACUUUUCUUCGCACCACUAUCCGAGGUCGUAGGGCGGAAGCCGAUCUACAUCAUCAGCAUCUUCUUCUACUUCAUUUUCACGUUACCAAGCGCGCUCGCCAAAAAUGUGGCCACCCUCGUCGUCUCUCGUCAAAUCGCCGGCAUUGCUUCCUCCGCCCCGAUGUGCAACGUCGGCGGUAGCGUCGCGGAUGUGUGGUCUGUAGAGGAGCGUGGUGUUCCCAUGGCCGUGUUUUCCUUGACCAUCUUCAUUGGCCCAUGCAUCGGGCCCCUCAUCGGCGGUUUCAUUGGUCAGACGAUUGGAUGGCGAUGGAUCUACUGGGUCCUCUUCAUCUUCCUCGGCUGCUGCGUCAUUCUCACCCUGAUCAUGCCCGAGACGCUUGCCCCCGUCCUCCUCCACCGCAAGGCCGAGCGCAUCCGCAAGGAGACCGGCGAUCAGUCUUACCGCACGCUCGCCGAGAUUGAACACCGCCCGUUUAAGGUCGUCAUCAGGGAAGCGCUCCUCCGCCCGCUCAUCAUGCUCGUGACGGAGCCCGUGAUGUUCUUCAUGUCGUUCUACCUCUCGUUCAUCUACAGUAUUCUCUAUCUGCUCUUCUUUGCUUUCCCGAUUGCUUUCGCGGAGGUCCGCGGUUUCUCGCCAGGAAUUACUGGCGUUACGUUCGUCAGCGUUGUGCUCGGUAUCUUGCUUGCGAUGGUCAUCGCAGUGCCAGCACAGGAGAAGAUCUAUGCUGCCGCCACCAAGCAUGGCACGUAUCCUGAGGCUCGCCUCUACACUAUGAUGGUCGGCUCCAUCUUCCUGCCCAUUGCUCUAUUUAUUUUCGCCUUUACCGGCGGCUACGAGUGGGUGCACUGGAUAGGUCCCUGUUUCGGUGGCGGCGUUUUCGGUUGGGCCAUGAUCCUCAUCUACAUCUCGGCCAACUCCUACAUCGUCGACAGCUACAGCAAUUUCGCCGCCUCCGCCAUCGCCGCAAAGACGCUCAUGCGCUCCGAGAUCGGCGCGAUGGUGCCCUUAUACGUGAAUCAGAUGUUCCACAACAUGGGCUUCCAGUACGCAGGGCUCCUCCUCGCGCUCAUCUCCGUCGCGAUCAUGCCCAUCCCCUUCGUGUUCUUCUUCUACGGCGAGCGCAUCCGGCAGAAGAGCAAGCUUGCGACGAAGACGCGCAAGUUGGCGGCGCAUGAUCCGGAGGUGUUGGCGAAGGAGAAGCUGUAGAAGUCGAUGCGAUGAGUGAUCGUCGGUAAUGGGUGAUGUAGAGGAGGUAGAGGAUGCUAGAGGAGGUGGAGGGUGAAUAGAGGUUCUGGUUGGCUGUGCGACACCUAACGUGUAUCCUGCGCGGUCUUGGGAAGACCACCCACAUGUAUCAUAUACUACUGCUCCAGGUAAUGCAUAACAUAUCUU